AUGGCUUCAGGUGCACUUUUCAAGACAAUGAAGGAGGAUGCUACCUGCUCCAUCUGCCUAGAAAUAAUGACUAAGCCCGUGAGCAUUGACUGUGGGCAUAGCUAUUGUCAAUCUUGCAUAAUGAAAAACGUGACGAACCAACAACUCUAUAAUAAGAAGACAUUCUACUGUCCUGUGUGUAGGUCAAAGUUUCAAAAGGAGAGCAUCCGGCCCGUGAAAGAGCUGGAAAACGUCAUCAGUUCAAUUAAGAAGGUGGAGCAGGAAGGUUUAUGUGAGGAACAUCGAGAGCUGCUCCAGUUAUUCUGUGUAGACGAUCAACAGAUCAUCUGCUGGCGCUGUGCACGAACACCACAGCAUAAAGAGCACACCAUAGUUCUGGUUGAAGAUGUAUGCCAAAGUUACAAGGAUAAGUUCCAGGAAGCUGUGACCAAACUGAAGAAACUGGAAAACCAAUGUAAUCGUUGGACGUUGGACACAAAUGAACAAAAAAUUAAAUUCAAGGAGAAUAUAGAGCUUAAUAGAAGCAAGAUCCAGUCUUUCUUUAAGAAAUUUCACGUGAUCCUCCAUGAGGAGGAGCAGGUUUGUCUGUGUCAACUGGAGGGAAUGAAAGAGCAAACUCUGAAGAAACUGGAGGAUCAAGAAUCAAGUCUGGAAAUGCAGAGCAGGAAACUCAAGAACCACAUCCUGGAACUAGAGAACAAAUGUCAGGGAUCGGCCCAGAAUUUGAUGCAGUCUCUGGACUCUACUUAUUCCAGGAGUUCUGCUAUGUUGCUAACUAUUCCCGAGUAUGUCUGUGUGGAUAUUCACAUGAAGCCCAAUGUUUCUGAGCUUUACUUUGAUAUGAAGAAAAUUUUAGAAAGCUACCAAGUUGAUGUCACAUUGGAUUCAGAUACAGCUCACAAUGACCUACAUCUGUCUAAGAAUCAAACACUAGUGACGGGACGAUUGCCACAGAUGAAAGUUGAUACUCCUCGGAGAUUUAGAGUCUCUCCCUGUGUCCUGGGCUGUGAGGCCUUCACCUCAGGAAGACAUUACUUUGAAGUGUCCAUUGAAAAUGGAACUGAGUGGGAUGUGGGAGUUUGUCUGGAAAAUGUGUCAAGGGAUUGUGACAUGACACUGAUGCCUCAGUCUGGAUUCUGGGCCAUCAGACGCUGCACAGAGCAUGGUUAUGUAGCACUUACAUCCCCCCUAACUCCCCUUUGUCUGCAAGAGGUGAUUGGGGAUGUAGGGGUUUUUCUGGAAUGUGAGGCUGGGCUUGUAUCCUUUUACAACGUACGUACUGGUUCCCACAUCUUCACCUUCUCACAGGUUUCCUUCUCUCAGCCUCUCAGACCUUACUUCCGUAUUGGCAAAUAUUCUAGUUUGUGCCUACCUUACCCACAUACAUAA